GGCCCUGUUGCAGCUCCGUGGAGAGAGAAGAUGAUCGUGUGCGUCGCGGUGGUCGGACACCAGAACAACCCUCUCUACAUCCAGAGCUUCACCGAGGCCGAUGAUGCCCUCAAGCUUCACCACAUCGUCCACUGCUCCUUGGACGUCGUUGACGAGCGAGUGAACAAUCCGAAAAAAUCUGGACCAACCCUGAAUGAAACAUUUCUUGGUCUGCUUUAUCCAACCGAAAAUUACAAAGUAUAUGGUUAUUUGACUAAUACAAAGGUGAAGUUUAUCUUGGUUACAACAGAUUUAGAUGUCAGGGAUGCAGAUGUCAGAAAUUUCUUCAGGAGGUUCCACUCUGCAUACGUGGAUGCGGUUUCAAAUCCAUUCCAUGUUCCAGGUAAAAAAAUAACCUCCAGAACUUUUGCAGAAAGGGUCAGUACCAUUGUCAAGUCAUUUGGUUUGAGUUCAGCUGGAUGAAUGGCUGCUGCUGGUGUUCUAGAAUUCAACCUUCUUGAAUCCUCACCUUCAUAUUUGUUACCUUUGCUCAUCGAUCCUAGCCUCAAGAGAACAUUUGAACAGAGCUUGAAACGCAUGCCUCCCCUUUCAAAGAAUACUCUGAUCUUUAAGAUGUGUCAGUGCUAAAAUAAAUGAUUGUAAUAUUCAUGUUUUCUUUCUUAUCGGAGAUGGUUUCUUUCAGCAAAACAUUUUGCUACAUUACAUGGUUCUUUUAUUUCAAAGGGAAUGCAGAAUUAAGAAUUUAGGCA